AUGUCCAUGCCAACGUUCGUGGAUCUGCAAGGAUUCAUUGUUAAGAAGAAAUUUAUCGUAAAGGAAGUGGCGGUGCUGAAACAGGGGACCGUUCUCACGCAUUACAUUUUUACGAGUCCCGUGCCAUGGAAAUUUUUGACAGAUGAUGCUGUCGUGUAUGUCAAGGGAUGCGAGAAACGAACGUGGCUGCGGAACUUGCUUCUGGACGAUGAGCGAGAACGCAUAGAGCAGUGCGUCGAUGUGAAGAAGGAAUAUAACAUUACGGAGCAUCGUGCAGUGCGUUUACUGAGCAGACGUUACGAUCUGACGAAUACGGGCUACAAAUUUUUAGAAAUUGGAAUCAACGUUGGCCCACCGAGUUACGUGGAGGUCGCCCUUGGAGAUCAUCGCGGACACGAACUAUCGCUGUCUCUCAAAACGUGGAAGAGCCUCUACGAGCAGCGAGGAAAUAUUUACAAACUGUUUCGAAACGAAUACAAGGAUAAUUUUAUAAGCGUUGGACCGUCAGUGUUUGCAUGCUGA